GGGGAUGAAAUGACAUCAGUUUUGAUGCGCUGGCUAUAACUUUUCUCAUGAAGGAAAUAUUCGUGUUACAUGUUUGUUUAGCUCGGUGUUACGCUAAAAUACACUGGACAUCGUUCAGUACUUCGGUGCAGUUUGGAUCUGUAUUUAGGAGUCGUGUUUGCUAAAUAUGCUUGUCUGAUUUAUACAUUGAUAUGGAAUUGUAAACCAAGCUCUCCAUUAUACAGGCGUUAAUGCUUACAAAUAUUUCUGUGCUCACAAAGCCAUAGCAAGUCCAUAGCAAAUAUUUCUUUUAGUUUCUUUUCCUAGACAGAAAUCUGAAAAUGAUCUGUUGUACUUUGAGACUGCUGAAUGUAAAAUGCCCAGAAAUCAGAUGCUGACUGAUAUUAAAAACUAAAGUGGGGAAACAAGAUCAUCACUUUUAAAGGAAGAUUGUGUCUGUUACAAUGUCUGCCAAAUCCUCACUGCUGAAAAUAAUUCUUCUGGGAGAUGGAGGAGUGGGAAAAAGUUCUCUCAUGAAUAGAUACGUCACUAAUAAGUUUGAUACACAGUUAUUCCACACAAUAGGCGUUGAGUUUCUCAAUAAAGAGCUGGAAGUGGAUGGUCAUUUGGUUACAAUGCAGAUCUGGGACACUGCAGGCCAGGAGCGCUUUCGGAGCCUGAGAACUCCCUUUUAUAGGGGUUCAGAUUGCUGUUUACUCACAUUCAGUGUUGAUGAUUCUCAAAGUUUUCAAAACCUGACCAACUGGAAAAAGGAAUUUAUCUACUAUGCAGAUGUCAAAGAUCCUGACAGCUUUCCUUUUGUUAUCUUGGGAAACAAAAUAGACAUCACAGACCGCCAGGUGUCCGUUGAAGAGGCCCAGGCCUGGUGCAGAGACAAUGGAAAUAAUCCUUAUUUUGAAACUAGUGCUAAAGAUGCCACAAAUGUUGCUGCAGCUUUUGAAGAAGCUGUUAGGAGGGUUUUAGCCAUAGAGGAUAGAUCAGAUCAGCUAAUAAACACAGAUACAGUUAACCUGCAUAGAAAACCUAAGCCAACUACUGCUUGCUGUUGACUGUAGCAUUUGAAAGGCAAUAACCCUUUAACCCAUUUAGCACUAAGUGAAACCAGCCAUGCAAGCCCAUAAAGAUGGCGGUCAUGCAUGUAGCAUUGUUUGGGUAAACAAAAUGAAGAAUAUCUAAUAAUUAGGUCUGUGAGGACAUCAAAUAAUUAAAAUUGGUUUGGCUAAAACAGAGCUGUUCUAGCUUCUUGCACAAUGAAUGGUAUCAUUUAUUAAAAUAUUAUUUUGACUUAGGAUUUAAUAAAAUACUUCACUGAAGUACAAGUACUUGUUUCUGUGGACACAUUGAGUUCUUACAUCUAUCCUCUUAUUGCAAUGCAGACAUAAGUUCUUUGUAUUCUGCAUCGCUAAGGGCAAUGGCACAUGUUGUGAUUUUGGCCACUUCUGUGCUCAGUAUUUUUAAUAUUUUAGAGGGUAAUGGCAAAUUGCCUGAAUUUGUGCCCACCACUUUCAGGCAAUUACCACAGCAUGCAGUGGAGGGCAAAUUGGUACUGGUGCAAAGUUGCCCAGUGUGUCAUAUCCCUAAAAGAAUGCAGUAAUGAAUUAGCUAAUUUUUAAAGGGAUAGAACCUGCAGAUUUGCAAACUAGAAGUGUCAAAGCACUCAAGGGGUCACAACCACUGUGUAGACCAUAUACAUUGGAUAUAAAAAGUCUAUACACCCCUGCAAAAUGGCAGGUUUUUGCUUAACAAAAAAAAAAACAAGAUAAAUCCUGCCACAACUUAUUCCACAUUUAUUGCAAAAUAAACAAAUCAGAAACCUUUUAGUGAAAGAAGGAAAAGCAAAAAAUCACACAAAAACAAAUACCUGCCAUUUUGCAGGGCUGUGUAGACAUUUUAUAUCCAGUGUAGAAGCAUUAGAAUGAUAUAUAUAUAUAUAUAUAUAUAUAUAUAUAUAUAUCUUGAAAAUUAGUUGUCUUUUAACUUGAAAUCAUUUUGGCUUUUGCUAAUUAAACCAAGUACCUCUACGUCAGAUACACUGGGUAUAUUAAACUACCUAACCUUUAUUACACUGAAUUGCCCUUAGCUUACUAUUCUAGACCAGUGCUGCCAAACUUAUAAGGCCCACAUUUAUUUAAAUUGAUGCUUUUCUUUUGCCUCUUUUCUGCACACCCAUACUAUUCUUUUUAAUUUUCUUUCUUCCAUAUUGAUUUUCUUUAAUUUCAAAUAUGCUGUUCCUUUCCUCCCUAUUCAUUUUCUUAUCUCAUCUUUAACUGCACUUUUUUUUUUUACCCCGUUUUUUUUAUAUUCUGCUUAUUAGGUCUUCCCCUUUUCAUUCAUGGUCAGCCCGCACCCGUGGCUUUCUGUUCCCUUCAUCUCUAUGUUCUGUUCUUCUCUUUCAAUUUUACUUUGCUAGUAUUGUCUGUAACAUGUAGCUUUGCUUGCAUACACAAGGGUGCCUCACCUGUGUUUGUUUUUUUUUCUCCAGUCCCUGAACAGCUUCUUAAUUAAUAAAUGCAGUUAGGUGCUAGACAGCACUGAGCACAGGGCCAUUAAAGGUGGCCCUCUGCUAGCCACAAGUUUGACAGCAGUGUUCUAGAGUAUUUCAUGCUAUUGAACAUUUUUAGCUUUAUAACUGUACAAAAAUAUUGCCUCUGGCCAAUUUAGCCACUGUGUUUAUCAUUACUGGUCCUGCUGCAGGAAUGAAGGCCUUGCAAAAGAGUUGCCAAGGUUACUGUUGAUUACUGUAGCCAAGACAUUAAAUUACAUUUUACAGUAAUGUGUUUUUCAUAUUUGGAGUAAUUUUUAGCAAUAUAUACAUAUAUAUAUAUAUAUAUAUAUAUAUAUUGCUUGUGGAGCAGUAUACUCCAUUUUUCAGCAUAAGUGCAAUAUACAAGGACUGUGCUCAACAUACUUUUCCUCUAUUAUAUUAACUUCCUGGUUUGUAAAGCACAAUCAAAACAGUGCAAUAAGAAGCCUUCUAUAUAAGCUAAGCUGGAGCUUUUGUUAGACUGUGACAGCAGCUCAUACAGCAGGCAGCAGGCUACUCCAUGGACUGCUCAUUUGUUUUGAUUGUACUUGGAAGAACAGAAAGUAGCGUGUGACUUUACUUUUAAAUGCUUUGUUUAGUGGAAUAAAUAAAAACAAACCAUGCCUAUAUAGACAAAGUAUGUUCAGCACAAGACCUAUUCAAUAUAUCUGGAAAACAAAUGCAUGCUUAACUUCAAAGCACAUACUGAAAUCUAAACAAAGGAAAUAAAAUAUAUUCAAUUAAAUAAAAAAAAGUGCAUGUUUGAGUAAAGCACUACUUGGGAAUAUUUUGUUUUUUUUUAAUUCCAGAGGCAAUUUAUAAACAAAUUAUAAUAUCUAAUAAACUUUCCAUGUUAAUAUUUUGGCAAAAAAAAUGUAACCAUGUAAUUUUUACAGGUACUCCUUUUUAAACUUGACAUUUUGUUUUCUGUUUUUAAUUCUUAAAACUGCCCAGUAAAGCUGCAAAAUAAAAA